AUGCUCACUCCUGUUUUUUAUUGCGAGCAAGAUGACGACUUCGUUAUAGUUCGCUUGAUACUUUCAGGUAUCUGCAAAAUAGCCAAUGCGGCUUUCGACAUCAAUGGGAAUCAAUUUACUUUUCAUUGUAGUCCAUACUACUUGCGUCUUCGGUUCGAUCAAGGACUGCAGGAAGGAAAAGGUGAGAGAGCAACGUAUGACCUCGAAUCCAACACCCUUACCGUGUGGCUCCCCAAGGAUGUGAAAGGGGAAGUAUUUGCUCAACUAGACAACCCAGGCUACUUGAUAGCAACUGAGAAGGAACGAAAGCAGCUUAUCACGGUGCUCAAUAGCGUUGAUGCAGCCGACAGUACUGAAAACGAUGCGAAUGAUGGCGCCUGUGAAGAUAAGGGCCCAGUCGACAUUGUCGAAGCUGAGGAGACGGAAUACGUUCAAAAACUCCAGAACACUGCCUCUUUAGAACAGGUUGCGGUUGAUUCUAUUCACUAUGGCUUCGCUAACCAUUUUAGUGGUCUUUUUUCUCAUCUGGAUGUGGACCUGGUACGGGAAAUGGUGUCACUUCCAGCGCCUGAAACUACUCUCCCGCAGGAGCGCCACCGUCUACGUCUCGAAACAGAAAACAACAACUUUGAUGAGGAAGUUCUUCUUCUGGAUUUUGAAGAUGAGGAUGGGGACAUAGCGCGACUGCUGAGAUACGUUCCAAGCCACAUCCGGGACUUUCAAACUGCGCUUCAAGCAGUUGAGGUAAAAGAAGACGUUGCAUGCACCAACCAGCGAGCUCCAGCCACUGAGGUAUAUGAAGAAGAGUGCGAAGCCGUGGUCGGGUGCGGCUUGUUUGAAGUUUGGAGUGGUAAUGUUGCAGAUUUUAAGCCUCCUGAAUUACCCGCAGAAGACGAGGUGGCCGUGCUCCCUAUCGCCACAGCUUCGUCUUCCCCCUCCAAUCACGGCGCCACCCCGCCCGCAGUGGCCGAGGAAGAGGUAGUAAAGGUAGGGCCUGGUUCGACGACGCAAUCUAUCUCUCCUGGUGUUCAAAUUGCCAUUCCACGUUGCAGGCCCGUACUACGUCUCACAAAAGACGAACAGGACGCCAUAACCCGUAUUAAGCCCCCUAAGCUUCUUUUCCCGCCGCCUUUCUUGUCUGUGGCAGCCUUGACCGCAGACCUUCUCUUUACUGAGGCGUACGAUGACCUUGUAACAGAGGGCACCGGUUGCAGUGAGUCGUUGUGGAACCUCUGCAUGCUAAGCCCUGCGUUGUCUUUCUUGGAUCCACCCGAAGAUUUGUAUGAUGCAUGUGUCUCUUUUGCUCGCAGGGCUCUUAUUUACCCCUUACGCCGUCACUUUGCGUUGGUGCAAAGGGUCUUCGCUGUAGUAGGGACACGAUUGUUACUAGGCCGUACGUACGUUAUACGCGCUCUUCUGCGCGUACGCGAUGUACUUGCGCAUGCGGAGCACAAGCAUAUCCUCAACAUGAUAUUUGUCGACCCGUUGGUUGGAUAUUGGAUGAACAUAACAAAUGCGGAUGAUCGAUUCACAGAGAUUGCUUUAGAGAUACACGCUCACUCCACGCUGGCGGAACCAUUAGAAGUUAAAAUCCCUGCUUCCUCUAAUCGUGGAGGAGCUUUGCCAUUGAGUGGUUUGCUCCAAGAUGGAAAGAAAACAUUGCGUCCGCUCACGUUGCUUAAUCUUGGACUCCCAUUAUAA